AGUAUGAAACUUUACCACUUAGAGGCUUAACCUCCGUUUUUGUAGCUACAAUUUUGUGUUUUUACUAAAAAUAUUGGGUCUAAUAUAACUGAACAUAGAUGGAAAACGAAGAGCUUAUUAAAGCAAAGGAGAGGAAGCAAAAGCUUGAAAGAAGUAGAUUCAAGCAACAGACUUUACCUGCGUGGAGGCCAGUGCCUACUCUGGUGACUUCCAUGAUCACUUUUGUUAUCUUUGGAAUCAUCUUCCUAACCUUGGGUAUUGUUCUUAUUGUAUAUACCGAAGAGAUCGUAGAUGUUGAGUAUAGAUAUGAUAAUAAAUGAUCUGUUGGCUCUACAUGUCAGGUCAAUCUGACUAUUCCAGAGAAAAUGAAACAGCCAGUGAUGGUCUAUUAUCAACUCGAUAACUUCUUCCAAAACCAUCGUAGAUAUGUGAAAAGUGUGGACUAUGAUCAACUUAGUGGAGAGAACAAAGGAGUUGGGUCACUUGAUGCUUGCGAUCCUAUCAAAACAAACAGUGAUUUAGGAUUUACUCAAAGUUAUGGUGGAGUAACUCUUGAUCCAAGUGCAGCAGCUAAUCCAUGCGGACUUAUUGCUAGAAGUUUCUUCAAUGAUACAUUUUCUAUGUUUAACCACUCCAUUGAUGAGACUGAUAUUGCUUGGGACAGUGAUGUUGAAGAAAAAUUUGGACAACCUGCUAAUGCGGCAGACAUCCAAUGGAUAAGUACAGUUGACGAACACUUUAUUGUUUGGAUGAGAACCGCAGGAAUGCCAAACUUCAGAAAGUUAUGGGGAAGAGUUAGAGAUGAUAUUCCUAAAGGAACACUUACCAUUACAAUCAACAACAACUACGAUGUCUCAUCCUUUGAUGGAAAGAAGACAUUUGUUUUAUCCACUACUAAUGCAUUUGGAGGGAAGAAUUAUUUCUUAUCCAUAUGAUAUCUCAUAGUUGGUGCUCUCUCCUUCGCCUUUGCUAUUGUAAAUCUUAUCGGAAACAUUCUUGUAAACAGAAAUAAACUCGGGCAUGAUGGAAAUAAUGCCCAUGUUGAUUAGGGCAAGCUACAAAGAUCUGAAUUUAUGCUAUGCGUGACCAUAUAAAUAAAUUCAAUUA